CCACGGAUCCGUGGCAUGUACCCCUCCAUCAGUCAGAGUCCGCUCUCCCCUGCUAUAAACUCGCCGCGCAGCCGCCGCCGAAUGCUCGCCAUUCACCAGUCCUCCCACCUUCCCAGCGAAACACCCACAGCACCACACCUCUCCCCGGCGAAGGAGCAGCAGCAACCAGCGGCAUCGAUGGCCCCCAAGGCGGAGAAGAAGCCGGUGGCGGAGAAGGCCGAGAAGAGCACGGCGGGGAAGAAGACCAAGGCCGAGAAGCGGCCGCCGGCGUCCAAGGAGGGCGGCGAGAAGAAGGGCAAGAAGAAGUCCAAGAAGAGCGUUGAGACGUACAAGAUCUACAUCUUCAAGGUGCUGAAGCAGGUGCACCCCGACAUCGGCAUCUCCUCCAAGGCCAUGUCCAUCAUGAACUCCUUCAUCAACGACAUCUUUGAGAAGCUCGCCGGCGAGUCCGCCAAGCUCGCGCGCUACAACAAGAAGCCCACCAUCACGUCCCGGGAGAUCCAGACCUCCGUCCGCCUCGUCCUUCCCGGCGAGCUCGCCAAGCACGCCGUCAGCGAGGGAACCAAGGCCGUCACCAAGUUCACCUCCGCUUAGAUAGGCUGUUCAUGCCGCUUCUUUGAAUCUGUUGAUUUCUGUUGGCUGUUUGAUGAAUCCAUUGUACGCCGUAGUUAGGUGUUGGGAUGUAAGUUGUGAACAUACCGAUUGUUUCAGUAUCCUGAAGAAAUAGAAAUGGUGUCGCUUUGGUA